AUUCACUCUAUUUCUAUUGAUAAAACUGACAAAGAUAUGGGCCAAUAAAUCGUACGAAACUUCUAGAAGACCUGAACAUACGUCAUUCAAGCAAGAUGGCUGAAGAAGAUGAUGGAGAUGAACCUUUGUUGGUUGGAGUUGAACUUCUUUCAGUGUUAGUUGAAUCAACCCUUAGUUUAGGUGUUAUUCCUCUGGCAAAGAAAACAGACAGAUCUUUACCAUUGACACAUUUAAGAAAAGAAUUAAAUUCCUGCAUUCCCAGUCUGCCAUCAAAGUUUAUUUUUUGUACCAAACAAAGAUGGCCAAUAUUAGAAUCUCAAGAAUCUAUGAUAAAGAUAUCAACUGUUUCUUCAGAAGACAAUGUUGUGUACAUCAAACAUAAAUAUGAUCUGCCUAAAAUUGGAAUUAAAACAAGGUCAGGCCUUGUGUUAGGUUUUGUUUUUGUUGAUUUAAACAAAAAACUUCAUCAAAUGAGAUCUUUAGUCUCUGAAGAGAUAGUGAUGUUAAAUGAAUUAAAUGAUAAUUAUGUGUUUCUGGAUGCUAAUGGUUGGCCUGUUAGAAGAGAACUAGAAGAUAAAACUGUUGUAAUGGAAGUUAUAAACAAUCACUGUGUUACUAUUGCCAGUGAUAUGAUUCAAGUAGAAAAUCUCAUUUCAUCUGAUUUAAAUUAUAAAAUGUCUUCUGUGACAUCAGAAUCACUGAAAAUGCCACCCAAAAAGAAAAUGAAAAGAAUGCGUGAGUUGACAUUUUGUACAAGUAAAGACAUCAAUAGACCCUCAAGUUCUAGUGAAGUUAGCUGUAAUGAUGUAAGCUUACAAUCUAAACAACUGUUAAUUAGUUAUGUGCGAGCUGAAGCUGCAGAGCAUGCCCUCAAUCUGAAGAAUGAGUUAUCUACCCUUGGAUUUAGUGUUUAUUUGGAUGUUGAUGAAAUUAAAUCUGGCGUUGAUUGGCAAGAUUCAUUAAAUUAUGCUGUUAGUAAUUGUCAGAUAUUCCUACCAUUGAUAACACCACAAUAUGGUGAAACACAGUGGACAAAUAGAGAGAUCAAAUUAGCUGAUGUAUUAGGUAAAUAUAUAUUACCAAUCAAUUUCCUGGAACAUUGGCCACCACGUUGUUUAGCUAUACAGUUUGCUACAACUCAGUAUAUAGGAUGGAAAACACCAACUCAAAUUUCUACAGAUAUUGCAGUAUAUGGAGAAUGUUAUGCUAAAGAUAUCCGUUACUGGGAUACCAAACAUAUAACCCUAGUUGCUGAAUCUAUAGCAGAUAGAUUACAUCAAAUUGUAGAUAAUGAAUUAGAACGAUUGCCAUCUCUAAAAAGGAGGAAAACCCUGAUGAAGACAUUUUGUGGAAAAUUACCUAAUGGUGUUGUAUCUCAAGUAUCUGAAGAGAGUACAAUAUCUGAAAGUAGAAGACCAUCUGUUGUGAUAUGUGUUCAUCCAUGUCAGAUUAUAUUUGCUGGAGAGAUAAAGAAAUGGUUGAAUAAUGAAGGUUAUGAUGUUUGGUGUUCUACUGAUAGAGACAUUUCUAUAGAUGAUUCAGAUACUCUACCAGCAAGUCAGGACAGUAAUGAAUAUAGUAAAAAUGGUGUAACAGAAGUUGAUAAUGAGUAUAUCCAGUGUUUUCAGGAAAAAGCUGAUCAAGCAGAUGUAGUUAUGGUUAUUUUGUGUAAACAAUUUGCUUCAUCUCGGACAUGUCAGCAACAGGUAUAUUAUUGUGAACAUAGAAAAGAAAUUAUACCAUUACAAGUAGAAGAUGUUUGUUUACCAGGCUGGUUGAGUAUGUUAAUAGGAUCUAAAGCAUUUCAGCAUGUCAAUCAAAAGGGUUAUAAGAAAUUACUUCAUUCCCAAAUUCAAAGAUGUGUAGAUCCAACAGCUAAAGAUAGUCUACAGAGAGAAAUCAACCUGGCAAAAUCAAAUGCUGCCAUUAGCCAUAUUAAAAGAGCUAUAAAGAAUCCUGCCAGUAUUUAUAUAUCAGGUAGCACGAAAUUCUACAAUCCCAACACCGAGGAAAUAUGCAAGUCUGUAGGUUUACAUUUAAAUCAGUUGAAGAACAUAGCUGUAGUUACUGGUGGUUUUCAUGGUGUUGGUGAAACUGUUAGUCAUUCAUUCUAUAAAGAAAAUGAAAGAUUAAAGAAGAAAAAUCAAGUAUGGCAUAUAUUACCAGAAAAAGAUCCACAAGAUCGGCAUCUUCAAGGUAGACAAGGUACAGAUGGUAGAUUUGAAAUCAUACCAUUUGGUAAAACAUUAUUCUGUGGUGAUGAUGUUCAUGAGAGAGAAACUUUAGUAGCCAGAUCUUUUGAUGUUUGUAUAUUGAUUGAAGGUGGGCCUGGAUCAGCACAUGAAACAGAGCAGUUUGUAUGGAAUGAUAGAGUAGUUAUACCUGUUAGAUGUACAGGGGGCGCUGCUGGUGGGAAAUUUAAUGUCCCAGAUAAAAUAUUUCAGCUACCUCAGGGUGUAAAUGAAGAUGAUUGGUUAAAACUAAGUUCUAAAAAUACAUCACCUGAUCAAAUUGGCCAAUCAGUGACCAAUAUUGUAGAAAGCCUGCUGGCAAGAUUAUUGAAUGAAGAUCGACCAUCAAUUAUCUCAUCAAAAAUGGUGUUUACUAGUAAGUCACCUAAAACUCCAUCACCAAGUAUAUCUCCAUCCACUGCAAGGCCAUCAUUAUCAACCAUGAAGACUGUUUUGUUAGGAUAAAUCAGAUUCUAAUUAUGUUUAUACAAUUUUAAUAUGUACAGGGAUGACUUAACCUGAAUGUAUGCUUUCACAAUUCUGUGAUUAAUUCUAUGAAAUAAAAAAAAAAUUCAGACUCAGGGCUCACAACUGUUUAAUUAUAAUUUUGCAAUCACCAUUUGUAUGCAAUCUUAGGCAAGGGCACAGUUUUCUGUAAAGCCAAAAAACAUUCUCCAAGAUUAUUAUUGGCAACACUGAUAUGGUUUCUCACUUAAAUAUGAGUAACAAGUUCCAUUUAUAUCAGCCAUUGCAAAAAUGAAAAUUAUGAAAAAACAAAAAUCAGUUUACACCCAAGAAAGACAAAAUUUAUAAUUGGUUUGUCAAGAAAUGACUAAAAAAAUUAGUUGCAUGUAGCAGCUUCAACCUUUUUUCAAAUUAAAUUCAAAAUUGUGCCCAACUUUUUAAUAUUUUGAGUUCUGUGUAUAUAUUUUAAUUUCAUCGUACUGUAGAAUAUAAGAAUAGAUAUUUCUAUGUUUAAAAGGUCCUUUACAACCUUUAAAAUAAUCAAAACCUUAAUGAUUUUACAAGGAAAUUGGCUUUAUUAAACAUGCAUUAUGCAAGAGCAAAAUCUGCUUAUUACAAGUCUUUCUUUAGGCUUGAAAUGUUAUCUAAAUUAUCAAUUAGACAUUAAUUAACUUAUCCAGACCAUAAUAAACUCUUGAUGUCAAGGCUAGCCUUCGAUGUUGGCUGGAUUAGAUUCCUAUAUGCCGCUAACGGCUAUUGAUAAUUAAAUCAGAAAAAGUGGAUAAUCGAGACUAUGCUGUUUAUAUUAAUGAUUUUAGUAAUGAUGACCGAGACUAUGCAAAAAUUUCACCCGCUUCUUUCUCGGCUCGUAGUGGAUCAAUUUGACUGAAAUUUCCAGCAAAUUACCUUUACACUAUCUAGUUUUUAUACGCCAAAAGUUAUCAUCCGAUCUUUCUGAAAUUUACAUGCAUUAUUUAAAUUAGUGAAACGAAGAAGCCUAUUGAAUUUCAGCAAUUUCCAUUUAUUACGUCUAGAGUUAUGGCCCUUGUUUCACUUUAUUGAACCUUGUGAACGCUCUAACGCCAAAAGUUAUCAUUCGAUCUUUGUGAAAUUUAUAUGCAUUAUUAAGAUUACUGAAACGAAGAAGCCUAUUGAAUUUCAGCAAUUUCCGUUUAUUACGUCUAGAGUUUUGGCCCUUGUUUCACUUUAUUGAUCCUUGUGAACGCUUCAACGCCAAAAGUUAUCAUUCGAUCUUUGUGAAAUUUACAUGCAUUAUUUUAAUUAGUGAAACGAAGAAGCCUAUUGAAUUUCAGCAAUUUCCAUUUAUUACGUCUAGAGUUAUGGCCCUUGUUUCACUUUAUUGAACCUUGUGAACGCUCUAACGCCAAAAGUUAUCAUUCGAUCUUUGUGAAAUUUAUAUGCAUUAUUAAGAUUACUGAAACGAAGAAGCCUAUUGAAUUUCAGCAAUU